AAUCUCUCGCCCUCAAACCCUAACAAACCAAAAUUUCUUCCAUCUCUUUUGCCCUCUGUUUCCAUCAAUUUCACUCCGUAUUUGUUUCCCAAGUUGCAAAGCUGUAAAUCCGGUUUGCUAUGAUGGAGGAAUCAGGGGAUAUGAUGAUUGAUACAGAUUAUGAAUACUCAGCGCCCAAAUUCUUUGAUUUCAUCCUAGGAGAGACUGAAGAUGAGAUGCGUGUAGCACAGCUCUGGUUUGAUACGGCUCUUACCUAUGCUCCUUCACCUUAUAUGCACAAGGUCAAGACUACCAGAGCUGUUGAGUUAGAGAGCCUAUGUGAUUUUAGGGAAGCUGACUCUCAAAAGGAAUCAUCUGAUUCAACAAUUUCAUUGAACACCAUUAAGAAAAUCAAUUUGGAACCCGAGAAACAAAUGUCAGCAGAUACUUGUAAGGAAGAUGAAACCUCUAAAGAUGCAUUGAACAACACACAAAGUAAAAAAACUGAGCUUGAUUCUGUUGAAAGUAAGGAAGAUGUAACCUCAAAAGAUGAAACAAAUGGACACAAAGAAAGCCUUCCCAAUCAGUUAUCUGUUGACCAGAAAGUCAACGACACCCCAAAACCACGUGUCAGUUCUCAAACAGUGUCCAAGAAUCAUCAAACAGCACGAAAGAUUGCUAGUGCAUUGAAGAAUCCAUCAGCUCUCAAGUCAAAAAGUCAAUCAUCACAACUCAAAGCCACUAAAACACCAACAAAUCAAACAAAUAAAGCUACUGGAACUCCUAAUCUUUUCGUUCAAGAAAACCAAGCCAUAAAGAGGCAGAAACUUGAAGGAGGAAAAACACGACAAAUUCUUAAUAUCAAAACACAAAUUUUACCCCACAAAACAAGACCAGGUUUUGUUACAAAAGGACACAACACUAACUUACCAAGAAAGGAAGAAAGAAAGAUGUACGUUCGUGAAAAUGCACAGAUUCCAUUUGUUUCUGUUGCGGAAAUGAUGAGGAAAUUUCAAUCAGGCACAAGGGAUCUCAAUCUGCCUCCUCGGCCUUCUUCAAUCUCACAUGGUGAUAGUAGUAAUCAAAUGAUGCAAAGAAAGCCAACAAAAUUAACACUGACAAGACCAAAAGAACCCGCAUUUGAAACCUCACAACGUAUUCGAUCAGUUAAACUCAAAAGUUCAGCAGAGCUGGAAGAAGAAUUAAUGGCCAAAAUCCCAAAAUUCAAAGCUCGUCCAGUCAACAAAAAGAUACUCGAAGCUCCAACAUUACCCGCAAUGAAAAGAAGCACACCUCAGGUUCCCGAAUUCCAAGAAUUUCAUUUGCAGACAAUGGAAAGAGCCAGUCAGAAUGCAGAAACUUCAACUGUUGCAUCAAAUGAAGCAGCCCCACAGAAGGUUGUUCAUAAAUGGAAGCCACAUCUUACUACACCUAAGACACCACCACUACAAACAUUAGCGAGAGCACGACCUCCAACUAUUAAAACAACUGAAGAAUUAGAACAAGAAGAACUCGAGAAAGCACCUAAGUUCAAAGCCAGACCUUUGAACAAGAAGAUAUUUGAAAGUAAAGGUGAGUUGGGGCUAUUUUGCAACAAAAAACGACAAGUCACAAUCCCUCAAGAAUUCCACUUCGCAAUUGAUGAAAGGAUUCCACCACCAAUUCCAAAUGUUUCCGAAUUGUUUGAUAAGCUCUCGUUAUGCUCAGAUUCUUCCGCCUACCAGAAACCGAUUCCUAAACUCACUGCACCAAAUCCUUUCCAUCUACACACCGAGGAACGAGGGGCAGAAAAGGAAAAAAAAUUUGUCAUGGAAAUUAUUCAUAAACAAAUCGAAGAGGAGAAAGCCAGGAUUCCCAAAGCUACCCCUUAUCCAUAUACCACCGAUUACCCUGUGGUUCCUCCAAAACCGGAGCCAAAACAGUGCACAAAACCAGAACCGUUUCAAUUAGAGAGUGUGGUGAGACAUGAAGAGGAAAUGCAAAGGGAAAUGGAAGAAAGAAAGAGGAAGGAAGAGGAAGAAGCUAAGAUGAGAUUAUUCAAAGCUCAACCAAUCUUAAAAGAGGAUCCGAUUCCAGUUCCCGAGAAAAUCCGAAGACCUUUGACCGAGGUUCAAGAAUUCGAAUUACAUGUAGAACACAGAGCUGUGAAUCGAGCCGAGUUUGACCAAAAAGUCAAAGAGAAAGAGAUGAUGUACAAGAGAUACAGAGAUGAGGCAGAAUCUGCAAAGAUGAUGGAAGAAGAAAAGGCUUUAAAACAAUUAAGAAGGACUUUGGUGCCUCAUGCAAGACCGGUGCCUAAUUUCAACAAGCCUUUCUUACCCCGAAGGUCAUCAAAAGGAGUGACAAAACCAAGGUCGCCAAGAUUGAAGAUAAAUGAAAGAAGAAAGAUGGUGGUGGCUACAGCGACUUCAAGUGCUGCAUCGAAUAUGAGAUUAUGCAGGUUGGUUAUCUCGACCACCAUUGCCCACGUAACAAGUAUUAUAAUGUGGAGGUUUUCGACAAUUUUAAUUCCUGUUGAAGAAAAUCAGGGAACCAACAUAACAGUCGGUGUGCAAUUGAGAUGUAAGUAG